ACGGGUUCCCGCUGGGCCCCGUUGUUAUCAAACUCCUCAGACUCGACCAAUGAGAGAGUGCCGCCACCAUCACGUGGAGGAGAAAAGCCAUGCAGAAGAAAGUCUGUCAUCUGGUUCCCGGCAGGACUGACGGUUGCUGUGUUUGAGUUUGUGGCCGCUUUGUGGUUUCUGAGCAGCACCAGCUGCAGAGGGAGGCGGGUCAGGUGAGGUUUGGCGAGUCCUCGGCCUGGCUGCGAUGUGGGGAACGAGAGGCUCUGACCGCUCUUGUUGACCAAAGGCUCUUGCUGGAAAUGGAACCGGCUUUGCGCAUUCGUGCCUUUCUCUCGCAGGCGCAGCAGCUGCGGUGAUAACGCGCUGCAUUGGAGUUGCUUUCUUCUACUGUCUGCAUUGUUGACUGGAGCUCCAGGUUCUGCCCAGAAACAGCAUCUAUGAUUUGAUUGGUGCUCUGAAUGGCUGUUGGAUAGUGAUGUAUAGUCUGAUGGCCAAUUGUUGUAACUGGCUGAAGAGGUGGCGGGCACCUGUCAGAAAGGUGACAUUAAUCAUGGUGGGUCUCGAUAAUGCUGGGAAAACUGCAACAGUGAAAGGAAUCCAAGGAGAAUGCCCUGAAGAUGUGGCUCCAACAGUUGGUUUCUCUAAAAUUGAUCUUAAGCAAGGCCGUUUUGAAGUCACAAUCUUUGACUUGGGAGGUGGAAAGCGAAUCCGGGGUAUUUGGAAGAAUUACUACGCUGAAUCGUAUGGGGUAAUAUUUGUUGUGGAUUCCAGUGAUGUGGAGAGAAUGGAAGAGACAAAAGAGAUAAUGUCAGAAGUUCUACGGCAUCCCAAGAUAUCAGGGAAACCUGUAUUAGUGUUAGCAAAUAAGCAGGACAAAGAAGGUGCUUUGGCAGAAGCAGAUGUAAUUGAGUGUUUAUCUCUUGAAAAACUUGUCAACGAGCACAAAUGCCUCUGUCAGAUUGAGCCUUGUUCAGCUAUCAUGGGCUAUGGGAAAAAAAUUGACAAGUCUAUAAAGAAAGGUUUACUUUGGCUGUUACACAUUAUAGCAAAAGACUUUGAUGCCUUACAUGAACGAAUUCAGAAAGACACCACCGAGCAAAAGGCUGCUGAAGAACAAGAGAAACGAGAACGAGCAGAACGAGUGAGGAAAAUCCGGGAAGAAAGGGAACGAAAAGAGAGAGAAGAAGCUGAACGUGAAGGAAGAAGCAUAUCUGAUGAAGCUGACUCGGAUCUAGUAACUGGCAACCCAUUCCAGCCUAUAUCUACUGUGAUCACUGAGAAUGAAAAGAAAAUUGAAAAAGAGAAGAAAAGACAGAGGGAGGAAAAUGAAAAGGAUGCCAUUGCCCUGAAACAUAAACCAGAUCAGGAGAAUAUGGACACUCAAAGCCUGAAUAGCCAACAGUCCAGUGACUGUAGACUGCUGGAAAGCUAUAAAUCUGAACUAACAGAACGGCUAGAACAUGAAGAUGAAAAUGACCGGCCAGUCUCCGAGAGUCGUGAUUCUGGGGAUAAUGCUGCCUUGAAUUCAGGAGUAGAAAACAGUAAAAAGAAAGCAAAGAAACUAAAAUUAAAAAGAAGCCACCGAGUAGAACCAGUCACCACAGAAGAUGGUAUUUCUCCAAAUCCUACACCAGUAGCACCUCUUGCACCAGUUGGCUGGGAAACUCCUAAAGUUAACAGAAUUCGAAAACUUGAACCACUUGGUGAAACCCAUCGUAAUGGAGUAUAAAGAGAAGAGAGCAAGAGAAAAGACAGGAUAAAAGAGAUUUCUAUGGAAAGCCGCUGCCCCCACUGACUAUACGGCAAAGACCUAACAGUGAUACCCAUGAUGUAAUUUCUUAACUAGCAGUCGUGUGGCAGCUUUAAAAAGAGUACAGCCCUAUAUUAGACAGUGUUUCCUACUUUAAGGAAAUACUUUCUGUUCAUAAAAGCUGCUGGGCAAGGACACUAAGAUUGCCUUGGGAUUUCAGCAGUGAUGACUGCCCUCCUGAACUUCGCUUUUCUUUCCUUACCAUCGACUCAUCGACUCAUCUUCAGGGCUUAAUGUAGAAAAAGAAAACUUUUAUGAGUAGCAUUUCUGGAGAAUGGGACCAAGGUUUCUUAUUUGGUUUCUUUGCUGGAAUAAGCUAUAACCUUAAAGAAAAACACUUUCAAGACCCAAUGCAACUUGACUGUGCACCUAUAAGGACUGUACUUCAGUUUGACUUGGUGAUUAGUAUUUCUACAUUUAAUACUUCAAAGGUUCUCUUUUUUUUGUAAAAUAUAUUUACAUCAAAUGGGGAAAGGUAUUAACUUUACAUUUUAAAUAUUUUUAUAAUUUUUUAGUAUUUUGUUUGGAAAUAUUGGUUAACAGAACUAUUUUGAAAUAUUAAAACUUAUAGAUCCACAAGCAGGACAUACUUAAGAGUGUCAUGUUACUUUUGCAACAAUACAUUUUUCUUGUUAUUUGCCUCACAACUUGCCAUAGCUCUGAAUGUGUUGAUAUUGUCUUGAUCCACCAGGAGAAAAUGUUUGCGCAAAUGGGCGUGGUGGUGUUUCCUCCAAGCGAAAAAAGUCCAUUGCAAAGAGUUAGUGCUGAAUACACAGAGCCAAAGCUAGAGUCUGAAUCAUACCAAUCAUGUAUCUGCUGGAAGAAGGAAUGAUAGAUACUGGGGUGGGAACUGAAUUUACCUCUCCACUCCAUUUUCUACCCUCUGCUGGAUGAUUGGUAUUAUUCCAGACUCUGUAGGGUUUUUGUGAAGAAGGCCACCAUUCUUGGAAUGGCCUUUUGAGCUUGGUGAUAUAUGAGCACAGUACACAAACCCUCCAAUUAGAGCAUCUGUGUUUUGAUCUCAUGCAAUAAAUAGGAUUGUAUCCAAAAUUAUGGUGGUUUUCUUUGUGGGAUGCUUUCAUUAUAAUGAAAGUAUUAAACUUUCAGAUGAAUGCAUAGUGAUCUCAAACUAACUAUUCCAAGACUAAAAACUGUAAGCAACUAAAUUAUUUUUUAAAAUAAUUUAAAUAAAGCCUUUGGACAAUGUCAUCAUUUCUUGUGUGUGUUUCCUAUAACACCAAAAUGAUCUUCGUAAGUUUUCACUUUUCACACUUCCUUGCUCAGAUUCAGAGGCUGUAUGGGGGAAUCUAGUGAUUUAGACUGUUUGUAUGAGCAGAGGCUUCCUUGUACACUUAAAUGUCAGGGUCUGCUCUGUAUAUUCUUGCCUCCUGUGGGAGCCUCCGUUGAUGCUGGAGCUGCAGGUGAAACUUAAGAAGCUGUCAUUCUUAUCCUGUGUUAUUCUACUUGUUUUGUUUUAAAACAAAUUUACAAAUAGGGCAAACAUAGACAUUGUUUUUGUACUGUACAACUAUGUAUGUUUUGAGUCUCAUUUGAAUAGAAUAACUUCUGCACUUUUAAUAAAACUGACACACUGUAAUCUCAUAUUUUA